AUGGCAGCUGUAAAAAGCCCCAUGCAGGAACUAAAACACGAAAAAGAACCCUUUGAUAAGAUGUCACCCCUCCUCUUGAAGAGCCUGGUGGAGGAGCCCAAGAAAAGAAGUGAAGUGCCUAACCACCUUCUGGAGUCCAAGGUUUAUGCCAAGCUUCUGAACAAUAAGGUCAUCCAGGCCAGACCAGGCAUAGUCCAUUUUGGAGGCUAUGAGAUAGAAAAAGAGCACCAACAGAUUCUGAAUAUCGCCAAUAUUUCGGAUGAAGACACACACCUUCAUAUUUUACCACCACAGACCAAAUACUUUCAGAUCAACUUUGAGAAGAAGGAGCAUCGCCUCAUCCCAGGCUUGUCACUCACGGUCACUAUUAAAUUUUCUCCAGAUGAGUGGCGUUACUAUUAUGACUGCAUCCGCAUUCACUGUAAGGGAGAUGACACCUUGCUUGUUCCCAUUCAUGCCUACCCUGUCUUGAAUGACCUGGACUUCCCCACGUUUAUAAAUCUAUCAGAUGUAUUCCUUGGAGAGAGCAAAAGCUAUGUGAUCCCCUUGCAGUGCAGCUGCCCCGUGGAUUUUGAAUUCCAUAUCACGUUGCUUCGGUCUCAUCAGGCCUUUACAAUUGAGCCAAAGUCAGGAGUGUGGCAAAACAGAGGUGACCCCGUCGUAGGGGAGGAGCUUCAGCGACUCCAGACUGAACGAAGCAAAAAGCGCAUCGUCCGUGACUUGGAGGAGAAAAUCCAGGAAUUUCAUCCUAAUUUUGAUCCACUUGUGAAUAACAUGUGGCUGAGCAGACACCGGGCACAAAGACGGUUUCAGCAAGCAGCGCGGAAGAUCAUGCUUGGACGAAGGUUGCUCAUUAUGCUGGGGAAUAUCCGUGAAAUGGACAAAGAAGGCAUCAUGAGAAAGCUUGUCCAGGUCAAGCGAACCCUGAUACAAGGAGAGAAUCCCUACCGAUCGCUGAGGGCCCGCAUGAGUCAGGACGAAAACCUCUGGCGCUACUCGCUACAGCCUGAGGAAGUGCUGCACUUCGCCUUCCCGACCGACUUGCAGAGCUACAAUGAGUUGGUUCUUGAUGGCCUUGGACUAGUCCCAAUUAAAUCUUCAGAAAUUCUAAUCAAGCACAAUUAUCCCUACUUCACUUUAAAGGUUCCGCAGUUAUACAAAAUCAAGGGAUAUCACCCCUUUUCUGUCAAUAAGUCCUCAACAAAUUACAGACUUCAGAAACUUGCUCGACCCCUGAAGCAUGGUGCUGAGGAUGAAGUCACUACCAUCAUAACCCUACCCAAGAAGGACUGCAGCGCACAGCUCUCAGCAAAGCCCUCCAUCUUGAGUAUGAAACCGCCCGAGGGCUUAGCCAUGUCUGUGGAAUACGACCCACUGUAUAUUUUCAAUCCCAGCCCAGGACUGUUUGCUGUGAAGCACCCUCUGACCUAUGCAGAGACGCUGAUAGAUUACCAUCUGUGCUCUCAUCCCAAGUACAAGUACACCCAGGAGUCGCACAUGGGGUCCAGUAUUCCUCUCACCCAAAAGCAGUUUCUCCAUCAUACGGAUAUAAUUCCUGGAAUCAUGAACUGGAAGAAAUUCCAGCCCCUGGUGUUCUCCUCCAUGUCUGAUGCCUCUAGGGCAGAAACGACUCAGAGAAGUGACUGGUACAGCCCCAUGAUGCUUCCCAUAGAUGUUCCCACCCCACUGGAGGACUUACCAGAAGAAGACAGAUUGGAAACUACUGAGCGAGAUCUCUGUGAUCAGGGCAUAGAAGUCAUGCUGACGCCAGAAAUGAUUCAAGUGGAAUUCCCCAUACUGACCCACAGGGACUCCAAGAAGGAGAAGGAUUUCAAAGAUCCAGCCCAGUUAUCUGAAAAAGUGGGAGAAAGGGUGCAGGAGGAGAUGAAGAAUCUGCGAAGCAAAGCUCUCAACACGUACCUGAUUCUAGAGUGA